CCCCCAGGGAAGGAGCCCAGAGCUGCCCUUGAAUUUCCCAGUAACCCGCCCAGACACAUCGGGACUGUCGGGGCAGAGACUCCCGGGGGAGCGUCAGUGCCGCGAGGCCUAGGAGCCCAAAGCCCGCGAGUGAGGCGGCGGCCGUCCGAGGGGUCGAAUCCCCGAGCCGCCUCGCUCCUCCAGAAGCGCGCGACCCCGGGACUUCAGCGGCGCCCCCUCCCUCCUCCGCACGCCUCCCCUUUAAGCAGGAGGCGCAGCUGGAUUUGCGUCGGCCGAGGCGAGGCGCAACUCCCCUUUACGGUGGAGUCGGCGGCGGCAGCAGCGGCGGCGGCUGUGACAGCGGCGGGCGGCGGGCGGCGGGCGGGCGGGCGAGCGGAGCGGGAGGCCGGGCUUCGGGCCGCGGGCCACAGUCACCGCUGCGGGGCCGCGGCGGGGGCGGAGGAGUGGGCGGGCCCGGCGGGGCCGGAGGCGGGGGAAGGCGGGGAGCCCGGCGGCUGGUUCUCGGGUCCGCCUCUGACUGCGGCGCGGCGGGGCGAUGUGUGAUUACCAUGGCGAGGAGUCUCUGUCCGGGGGCCUGGCUGAGGAAACCCUAUUACCUCCAGGCUCGCUUCUCUUAUGUGAGGAUGAAAUAUCUUUUUUUUUCCUGGUUGGUGGUUUUUGUUGGAAGCUGGAUUAUAUACGUCCAAUACUCUACCUACACAGAAUUAUGCAGAGGAAAGGACUGUAAGAAAAUAAUAUGUGACAAGUACAAGACUGGAGUUAUUGAUGGGCCUGCAUGCAAUAGUCUUUGUGUUACAGAAACACUUUACUUUGGAAAAUGCUUAUCCACCAAGCCCAACAAUCAGAUGUAUUUAGGGAUUUGGGAUAAUCUGCCAGGUGUUGUGAAAUGUCAAAUGGAACAAGCACUUCAUCUUGAUUUUGGAACUGAAUUAGAACCAAGAAAAGAAAUAGUGCUAUUUGAUAAACCAACUAGGGGAACCACUGUACAGAAAUUCAAAGAAAUGGUCUACAGUCUCUUUAAAGCAAAGUUGGGUGAUCAAGGAAAUCUCUCUGAACUAGUUAAUCUCAUCUUAACAGUGGCUGAUGGAGACAAAGAUGGCCAGGUUUCCCUGGGAGAAGCAAAAUCAGCGUGGGCCCUUCUUCAAUUAAAUGAAUUUCUUCUCAUGGUAAUUCUUCAAGAUAAAGAACAUACCCCCAAAUUAAUGGGGUUCUGUGGUGAUCUCUAUGUGAUGGAAAGUGUUGAAUAUACCUCUUUGUAUGGAAUCAGCCUUCCAUGGGUCAUUGAACUUUUUAUCCCCUCUGGGUUCCGACGAAGCAUGGAUCAGUUGUUCACACCAUCGUGGCCUAGAAAGGCUAAAAUAGCCAUUGGACUUCUAGAAUUUGUGGAAGAUGUUUUCCAUGGCCCCUAUGGAAACUUCCUCAUGUGUGAUACCAGUGCCAAAAAUCUAGGCUAUAAUGAUAAAUAUGACCUAAAAAUGGUAGACAUGAAGAAAAUUGUACCAGAGACAAACCUGAAAGAACUUAUAAAGGAUCGGCACUGUGAGUCUGACUUGGACUGUGUCUAUGGCACGGAUUGUCGAACUAGCUGUGAUCAGAGUACAAUGAAGUGUACUUCAGAAGUUAUCCAACCCAACUUAGCAAAAGCCUGUCAGCUGCUCAAAGACUAUCUACUGCGUGGUGCUCCAAGUGAAAUUCGUGAAGAAUUAGAAAAGCAGCUUUAUUCUUGUAUUGCUCUCAAGGUCACAGCAAAUCAAAUGGAAAUGGAACAUUCUUUGAUACUAAAUAAUCUAAAAACAUUACUGUGGAAAAAAAUUUCCUACACAAAUGACUCUUAACUCAUUUGGCCAUUAUAGGAGUCUUACCACUUCUAAAGUUUUGAGUAUUUAAUGAAUGGCUUCUGAUUCAAAUCCCUGCAGUAACUUUAACUUGGACCUAAGAAGCCAUCAUCUUGAAAUACAUGUUGACUGCUGAAGUAAUGGCAGGAGGUAUAGAUUUAAGAAUUAACAGGUUCAAACAUUUCAUUCUGGCCCUUAGAUGUCCCCUUUCAUUCCCCAACACAUUUCACUGUGUAACUAUUUUGACUUGACUUAAAAAUUAAUGCUGUGAAAACCCUCAUUCCAUAAACAGUGAGAGUUAUUUUGUAACUUUGUUAGCCAAAAUACCACUGCUGGAAACAUUGUUUGAAGCUGCUGUUAAAAUUUACUAAUGUCUUAGCAUGGUAAAGUUUGCACAUUAACAGAAAUUAAGAUUACAAAGGUAAAUUAAAAAUUACUCCUUUAUAAACAAAUGUUAGGUUGACAGCAUGAUUCAUUGUAGUACAGACUUAAAAACACAUUGUAACUCAUUGUAGACAUCAAAUCUAAAUAAAUCCUAGACAUCAAAUGUUACUUCAGCAUACUGAGCAGCUUUGUCACUGGGGCUUUACUGCUCCAGGCCACCUCUUUACCCCCACCUCCCACUAAAGCAAAGUUUGUGUGGUGGGGCCAUGCUUGACAGAGCAAGCAAUUAAUUAUUUGAGGAUGUUACUAAAACCCUUGAAAUUCAAAACCCACCAGGAACUGAUCAACUUGGUCAUAUAGAACUGCCUAUUUUAGUAAAUAUGAAAAUAUAUGAGCUAUUAAGAAUCA